CACUUCCCAUCACUGAACUCUCUAUCUCCCCUUUCAUUCGUUCUCUUUUCUCUCUGUCAGACAGUCUCCCUUGGAAGCAAAAUGAUGGAGAAACAGAGAAGUAAGCAGAGUUCUCUAAUUCUGUGGGCCGCAUUUGCUGCAUUACUCUCGCAGAAUUUGGUCAUUCCUGUCAUGUCUACUGCUUCUUUUGAAGAACAGAAGAACUUCUACAUUCCUGAUCCAACCAUCGGAAGUCCCCCAACAGGUUCAAGCACACAUCCAUCAAGUGGCCAUGGAACUCCGCCCUCCCAUGCAACACCAUCUCAUGGAAGCGGUAGCCACGGAACACCACCUGCAAACUGUGGUAACCCUCCAAAAGUAGGGCAUCAUCAUAACCCUACACCAGCUCCUCCUUCUGGAGGUCAUGCAGGUGGCUACUACCCCACCCCUCCAAGUACUCCUAGACCUAGUACCCCCUCCACACCCACUGUUGUAAGCCCACCAACUACUCCUAUCGUUGACCCAGGCACUCCAAGCACUCCUGCUAUCCCAACACCAUCACCUCCUUUUACAUGCGAUUACUGGAGGACUCACCCGGGACUAAUAUGGGGCUUGUUUGGUUGGUGGGGAACUGUUGGAGGUGCAUUUGGUGUGGCUACUGCUCCAGGGCUCGGCGCACAUAUGAACUUGCUGCAAGCACUUUCAAACACACAUACUGAUGGAUUUGGGCAACUCUACAGGGAAGGCACAGCUUCUUUGCUGAACUCCAUGGUUAGCAAGAGGUUCGCUUACACCACCACGCAAGUCAAGAACAAUUUUGCUGCUGCACUCAGUUCAGACAAGGCUGCAGCAGCUCAGGCUCAGCUCUUCAAGAUAGCCAAUGAGGGUCGGCUCAAGCCCAGAGCUUGAAAAUUCAUUUCCACAAUCACCAUCAAUAUCUUCUUAUGUCCAGUUUCAUUAUGAUUUCCUGUGCGCUUACUUUAGGAUUGAGCAUUGAAGUUUUUUUGAUUGUCUUCAUCAAAAUUAGUGCUUUUCUGUUUGCUUUUGAAUCUUACAAAAUCAAGAGGAUACCACCCUUCAUUGUUUAAUCAGUUAUCAGUAAAACAUUUCUUGUUGUAUUACAUGUGUGAGUGCCGGUUUCCAAUUUCA